GUUUGAGUGUGGGGGAGGACACAGGGGCCCCAUGAUCCCCUGUUGCCCGGGGGCCCCAUGAGUUUGUUUAAGUUUCGUGCUGCCCUAGGCAACAUUAAAAUCAGCUCCCCCCACUCACGGAGAGACCAUAACACUGACCAACAUCCCCCUCCCCUACAAAGAGAGCCUGACAUUGACCAACAACACCCCAGCCCCCUACUCCCACCCGAGAGAGCCUUCCACUACCACUGCCCCCCAUACACUGGCAACCCACCACCCCACCCUGGCAAGAGAGAAGACACUCACCUUCACAAUUCUGGACAUUUCUGGGACCAAGAGUCAGGCUCUGCAUAUACCAUCAAGCAGCCGGCAGCCUCUUUCAGAUCCCACCUGGUCCCCAUGCUGCGUGCGUCCCUUCUUUCAGGGAAAAAUGCAGCUGCCCCCCUG